AUGUCGGCCAUGCCGUCAGAUUUACAUUUUUACAGGAUUCAGAUGGAAAAUGUGACUCAAGUCACCACGUUUAUUUUGAUGGGCUUCACAGAUGAUUUUAAGCUGCAAGUUUUCCUAUUUUUACUAUUUCUAGCAAUCUAUCUUUUCACUCUGGUAGGAAAUUUGGGAAUGGUUAUACUAGUCAUUGGGGAUUCGCGGCUCCACAACCCCAUGUACUAUUUUCUGAGUGUGUUAUCAUUUCUGGAUGCCUGCUAUUCCUCAGCUGUUACCCCCAAAAUGUUAGUCAAUUUCUUAUCAGAGGAUAAAACCAUUUCAUUUCUUGGAUGUGCAGCAGAGAUGUUUCUCUUUAUUACUUUCGGGACCACGGAAUGCUUUAUUUUAGCUGCAAUGGCAUAUGAUCGCUACGAGGCAAUCUAUAACCCUCUCCUGUAUUCUGUUAGAAUGUCCCCCAGAGUCUACGUGCCCCUCAUAAUUUCCUGCUAUGUUGCUGGUAUCCUGCAUGGUACUUUACACACUGUGGCUACUUUUACUCUAUCCUUCUGUGCAUCCAAUGAAAUUAAGCAUGUCUUUUGUGACAUCCCUCCUCUCCUGGCCAUUUCUUGUUCUGACACCCACAUAAACCAGCUUCUGGUCUUCUACUUUGCCGGAUCUAUUGAGAUAUCUACAAUCGUGAUAGUCCUGGUCUCUUAUGGUUUCAUUCUGUUGGCCAUUCUGAGGAUGCAUUCUGCUGAAGGGCGGCGGAAAGUUUUCUCUACAUGUGGCUCUCACCUAACUGGGGUGUCAAUUUUUCAUGGUACAGUUCUCUUCAUGUACGUGAGACCUAAUUCCAGCUACGCCUUGGAUCAUGAUAUGAUAGUAUCAGUAUUUUACACAAUUGUGAUUCCCAUGCUGAAUCCCAUCAUCUAUAGUUUGAGGAACAAAGAUGUGAAAGACGCAAUGAAAAGAGUAUUUGGUAAAAACUGGUUUGCCAAUAAAGUACGCUUUUCACGGUAA